AUGUCAGAACAUCAUCAGGCUAAGGCUGACACUAUCAAAUCGUCAUCUCUUGCUCAUAUCAAAGGUUACCCUCUUGUUUCCGAUUCUAUCAAAUUCAUAUCUAGUGUUCCUCUAACUAGUUUAAUUGCUCACUAUAUUUCACUUUCAGUUCAUUUUAUUUUGUCAUAUGCCAUAACGGUUCCCUAUUUUGUUGCUGCUUUCUCCUUUGUUGACUCAUAUGUGGAUUCUGGACUCUCCAAAAUCGACUCAGCACUCCCUGCUUUCACAAAAGUCUCUGCGUCUGAUAUUUCUCGUGUAAUCAGAUCGUAUCUUGGUUACUAUGUGUCUACAGCUUACCAUUACGUUGAAAAGUUUGCCGACCCUCUCAUUAAGAGCAUCAAUGAUCUUUACAAGAGAGGCUUGGAUUUCUUCUUACCUGUUAAGCUUUCUGACAGUAUCACUCCUACUGCUUCUGCUACUCCCGUUGACCAGGUUCACAGAUCUUAUGCUUUGGCUAAAGAGACUUAUUCUCGUCUACAGCCUUUCUUUAAGCAAGCUUCUGCUAUUCCAAAUCAUGUGUCAACCGUCUACAAGGACGAAAAGGCGCAGAGUUCUAGUACUCAUGAGGCCGUCGCUAAGACCACCACCAAAUUGUCUGGUGAGGUCUACACUACUCUUAAACCAAGAAUUGGCAAAAUUGUUGGUGCUGCACAAGCUACAUAUACUAAUACAGCUGCUGCGGUUGAUCCUGUGAUUCUCCCUAACAAUGUUGAUACUGUUAACUCCUCUGGAAUUGAAAUCAGAGGUUGA